GUUCUGUGGUUCUAUUUUCUUUUGUCAAUUUGUCAAAGUUUUGAUCAGGUCUUGGUCAUAGUCUUGGUCAUAGUAUUUUGUGGUGUUUUCUUCGGUAUUUAUGGUUUCUUCAGCUUUACUUUAAACUUUAAAUAGCUUACAAGUUGAUAAAAGUUAAAUGUAUUGAAAUCAUUUCUAAAAUGGCAUUAACAAAUAUCUUAUUGUUAAGUCAAAUUGCUGGUUAUAUUAUUGCUUUUAUAUUGUCAUUAUGCAUAGUUGUUCCUAUGAGUUUGCAACAAGAUGAUUUUAAGGGUCAUUGCUUACUAUUUUCAACUGGUACUUGGCAAGAAACUGAUGGACAGUUAGCGGUAAAUUGGGCAUCUCAGGGAUAUUGUAAUUAUACUAUUUUUGUAGGAGUUAUGUUAUGUCUUGUAGCAAUCAUUCAAAUUUAUAGAUUAUCUGUUUUCUUAUACAAGGGUACAGACAGUAGUUUUCUGUCAGCUUUUAUUGAUGUCCUUUCUGGAAUAUUCAUGAGCGCGUUUACUAUUAUAGCUGCUUGUAUGAUUACAUUUGGUUUUAUGGCAUGGUGUCAAAAUAUGACUGAAAGAUUCCCAUCAUGUGAAAUGGCAGCAGGUCAAGAUAUAGACCACAAGGACAAAAUAAAUACCAAAAAUUUUUAUAUUGAAUUGGGCACAGCUCAGUUCGGGAUAUGGGGCUCAUUUGCCACAUGGGUAGGCUUAUCUGUCUGUGCCCUGUUAAAGCUUUUGCGGUAUCACCAACUAGAAAAUAUAAGGGUUUCUAUGUUUCGUGAAAGACAAAGAUUGAUAAAUGAAAAUGCUGAUUCUCCAAGUAGUUCUUUGGGUAGAGAAUCUACCAAUACCCAGUCUACAGCAACUGCGGAGUGAUUAACUCGAACCAUAUUACAUUAUCCUUAUGUUAUCAUAUAUGCUAUUAUACAUAUAUCCUUGUUUAUUCAUCAUACUAUAUAUCGUUUUGUUAAUAUUUAAUAGUAAUUAUCUACUUAAUAUGUAGAUAUAAAAGGAAAAUAAUUGUAAAAAGAAAUGCUUCAAUUUUAAACAUUUCAUUCUUUUAUAUAGUCUUAAAACUUGAUAUUUUAUCGUAUUUUAUUGUGAUAUUAGAAUGUAGUGACAAUAUAUUUUCAAAGUAUAGGGUAUAAA